AAUUUUUGUUGGUUACGUUUAUUUUUGAACAUUUUAAAAUAUUCGUCAUCGUUAUAGUCUGAAAUUUACAGAGCAAACAAAUCAUUUAGUUAAAAUAGGAAUACCUGAAUAUAAUUAUUAUGAAAAGGAAAUAAUUGGUUAAUUUUAAUGUCAGUAUAUUGACAGUUGCUGUAAAUAAUUACUUCUUUAUAUUCUAAGUCCAUUUUUAUUUUCUGAUUGCCGGUAUAAUAUUUGAAGACAUUAAAAAGACAUGGGACUCAAAUCAUGUUGCUUUUAUGCUUCUCUGAAAAAAGGAUCAUUGAUUAUUGGGGUUCUUAACCUUAUUGGCUGUUUGAUGCUGCUGAUACCUCUCAGUUUACUUCCCGGAUUAAUAAGUCCACUACUUGAUCCAAAAAAUGAGAGGACUGAGAUAAUUAUUUCGUUUAUAAAAGGUUGUGUUGCUGGAGCUGUCACAUAUGUGAUAUUUGUCAUUUUAUUAUUAAUUAUUUUCAUCAUUGGAGUUGUCAGAAUGAAUCAUAAACUCAUAUUUCCAUACUUAUGUGUUGGAUUUACCAAUUCUCUAACAAUUCUACCUUUUGGUAUUGCUAUGAUUACCAUUGUCACUACUGCUCCAGAAGUUAGCAGCACAAUAUGGGUAUCAUUCAUUCAAUAUCUGAUUUCAUCAACCAUAAAUGUUUAUUUCAUGCUGGUUGUUUAUUAUUAUUAUCAAGAGUUGAAGGAUAAAGCACAUAAAGGUGGAAUAUAUUCAUCAUCAAAUCCAUCAUAAGAAGAAGUAUUAUGUCAAGAAUUAAAUAUUGAGGAAAUAUCUUUUUUCCACUGAAGAAUAAGACUUUCAGUCCAGUCAUAUUAGAUUUUAAAUCGGGAAAUCUUGAAAUGGAUGAAAUUUUAAUAGAAUAUUUGUAGGGAAUGUAGAAUUAGUUUCCCCUAAAAAAAAGUAAGCUCCGACACCGGGCAAGGGUUAAAAUCAC